GCUAAGUCGUCUUUCCUUCUUUCUCGUUUUAAUUUCAUGUCUUACUCAUAACGAAAACUUGAAAGCUUUAUGUUCAGAUAGAUAAUCAUUGACCAGUUUAUUGAGUCCCUUGUAGGUCUUCAAGUACAAUAUCAUUCUAUUUUAGAUAUGCAGAAAGAAAAACGCAAGCAAUCCAAAGAUGAAGAAAACGAUUCAUCCUCGCGAAAGAGAAGAAAAGCUGACGAAACUGCCAUGACAGGGCCAGAGUCUUCUCGUUCUACACCAGAAGGGGCCUAUGAUGUCUUCUUGAGCUUUAGAGGAGAAGAUACUCGCAAGACGUUUACUGAUCAUCUAUAUACUGCCUUGGUCCAAGCAGGAAUCCACACUUUUCGAGAUGAUGAUGAACUUCCAAGAGGAGAAGAAAUCUCCAAGCAUCUCCUCAGGGCAAUUCAAGAAUCAAAGAUAUCCAUAGUUGUCUUCUCAAAAGGAUAUGCUUCUUCUAGAUGGUGUCUCAAUGAACUUGUAGAGAUUCUGAAGUGCAAAAGGAAGAAACCUGGUCAGAUUGUUCUUCCAAUAUUCUAUGACAUUGAUCCUUCAGAUGUGAGAAAACAGAAUGGCAGUUUUGCAUUGGCAUUUGAUAAGCAUGGAGAGCGUUUUGAAGAGAAGUUGGUGAAGGAGUGGAGAAAAGCUCUUGAGGAGGCUGGAAAUCUAUCUGGAUGGAGUCUCAAUGAUAUGGCAAAUCGGCAUGAAGCAAAAUUUAUCAAAGAGAUUAUCAAGGAUGUGUUGAAUAAAUUAAGUCGCGAGUACUUAUAUGUUCCUGAGCACCUAGUAGGUAUGGAUCUUGCUCCCGAUAUUUUUGAGUUUCUAACUACUGCAACAGAUGAUGUACGCAUUGCGGGCAUACAUGGGAUGCCGGGAAUAGGAAAGACGACUAUGGAAAAAGUUGUAUUUAAUCAACUCUGCUAUGGAUUCGAGGGAAGCUGUUUUCUUUCGAUUAUCAAGGAAACAUCAAAACCAUUCAACGGUCUGGCUCGUUUACAAAAGCAACUUCUUCAUGAUAUUUUAAAACAAGAUGUUGCUAACAUCAAUUGUGUCGAUAGAGGAAAGGUUCUGAUCAAAGAUCGACUUUGUCGCAAAAGAGUUCUCGUUGUUGCUGAUGAUGUGACUCAUCUGGAACAGCUCAAUGCAUUGAUGGAAGAGCGAAGUUGGUUUGGUCCCGGAAGUAGAGUAAUUAUUACAACAAGAGAUUCAAAUCUUCUUCGUAAAGCGGAUCGAACAUAUCAGAUUGAAGAAUUGACACGAGAUCAGUCCCUUCGGCUUUUCAGCUGGCAUGCCUUUAAGGACACCAAGCCAGCAGAAGAUUAUAUUGAGCUUUCGAAGGAUGCAGUUGAUUACUGUGGAGGACUUCCUUUAGCUCUUGAGGUUAUAGGAGCUUGUCUGUUUUUGAAAAACAAAGACAGAUGGAAAAGUGAAAUUGACAGCUUGAGCAGAAUUCCAGAAAAAAAUAUUCAAGAAAAGCUUCUAAUAAGUUUUGACGCACUGGAUAAGGAACUACAAGAUGCAUUCCUUGAUAUUGCAUGCUUCUUUAUGGAUAGAGAGAAAGAAUACGUCUCAGAAGUGCUAGGAGCCCGUUGCCGUCGCGAUCCAGAAGUUGUAUUGGAAACUCUCCGUGAAAGGUCUCUCAUUGAAGUAUGGGGAGGGACGGUAACCAUGCAUGAUCUUUUACGAGACAUGGGAAGGGAGGUCGUUUGUGAAGCGUCUCCCAGACAACCUGGAAAGAGGACCAGAAUUUGGAAUCAAGAGGAUGCAUGGAAUGUACUUGACCAUCAGAAGGGUACGGAUGUUGUAGAGGGUCUUGCACUGGAUGUCAGAGCAUCAGUAGCUAAAUUACUUAGCGCAGGAUCAUUUGCUAAGAUGAAAAGCUUAAAUUUACUCCAAAUCAACGGAGCACAUCUCACCGGUUCCUUCAAAUUUCUUUCAAAAGAGUUGAUGUGGAUUUGUUGGCUUGAAUGUCCUUUGAAAUAUUUUCCAUCUGAUUUUACCUUGGACAGUUUAGCUGUUAUUGAUAUGCAGUACAGUAACCUCAAAGAACUAUGGUAUGGAAAAAAGAUUCUCAACAGGUUAAAAAUUCUCAAUCUCAGUCAUUCACAGAACCUUAUUAAAACACCAAACUUGCACAGUUCAAGUCUAAAGAAACUAAAGCUGAAAGAUUGCUCGAGUUUAGUCGAGGUGCAUCAAUCAAUUGGAAAUUUGAAAAGCCUUGUUUUAUUGAAUCUGAAGAGAUGUGGGAGCCUAAAGAUUCUCCCCGAAAGCAUUGGCAAUGCAAAGUCUCUUAAACGUUUGAAUAUUUCCGGGUGUUCACAACUUGAGAAAUUGCCAGAACACAUGGGUGAUAUGGAAUCCUUAACUGAGCUGCUAGCGGAUGGGAUUGGAAAUCAGCAAUUUCUCUCUUCAGUUGGACAAUUAAAGCAUGUCAAAAGGUUAUCAUUGCGUAAAAAUAGUUUCAGCCCGGACUCAGCAACACCUUCAUCCAGGCUUUCACCGUCAAGUUCUUCUUUUAUUUCAAAAAGUCUUUCAUUUUUGAAACAUUCGCUGCCAAAAGCUUUCAUCGAAUGGAGAUCAAUGAAAAGACUUGAACUUCGUCAUUGUGGUUUGUCCGAUCGCACAACUAACUGUGCUGAUUUUAGGGGUUUGUCCGCUCUAGAAGAUUUGGAUCUAUAUGGAAACAAAUUUUCUAGCCUGCCUUCUGGGAUCGGCUUCCUUGCCAAGCUAGAUACAUUGGAUGUUCAGAAAUGCAAAUAUCUUGUGUCAAUCCCAGAUCUUCCCUCAAAUUUACGCUUAUUGCUUGGAGUUGGUUGCAAAUCAUUGGAGAGAGUAAGAAUACCAAUCCAGUCAAACAAAAGACUAGUUAUAAAUCUUUCUGAAUGUAGUUUAUUAGAAGAUAUUCAAGACAUUGAAGGUCAAGGUAAUAUUUUCUGGACUAUUGAAGUUGUUGACGGCUGUUAUUCAUCAUAUAAAUUGCAGAAGAGCCUUGUAGAGGCAUUGUGCAACAGUGGUCACCGGUAUUUUAUUUACAACAUUCCUGGUGAGAUGCCAAACUGGUUGAGCUACAGUGGAGAAGGUUGCUCACUGUCAUUCCAUAUACCUCCAGUCUUCCAAGGCUUAGUUCUUUGGUUUGUCUGUCCACUUGAGAAGUCCUCCCGUGAUUAUUAUUAUAUCAAAAACACUCACAUUAUUACUAUAAGAAAUAGAAGCAACGGUAUUCAAUUGUUUGAAGAUAAACGAAAGGUAGCAACUGCAGGAUGGAUAAGAUACAUAAAUAUAAGUGAAAUGGCCAUGGAAGAUUACUGUGGAAACGACGAGUUGGAACUAUACAUAUAUUCAAAGCCAACAAAGUGGGGGGUGGGCAUCCACGGUCCAUUGCAAUUCGUACAUGUUAAGAAAUGUGGG